GAAAAGUUGAGGCGGGGGCGCAUAAAGCCCUGUGAACGAGAACCAGAGCAUAGCUCAGCGGUUGACCGCUGGUUACUUUACCGUGUCACAGAAAAGUUUACCACCAGUAUUCACUCGCCAGACUUGAUCACAAUCGGUCACUUUGUCAGGAGAAGACCAACCAUGGUCGAGCAAGUCUCCUAUAAGUUAACUUGAAGAAGCCUAACCCCCAAGCUUGCCUCAGUCCAUACUGCCGAUCCAGGCUAGGAAAUCAGGCUCUACGAGCAGCGUUUGACAGUCCCACAAAGAAAAUUCUCUCCCAGACUGGUUGCGGAAAACGUCAGCUUGACAGAGGACCAGCCAUGUGAAAUCUGGCCACGGAACGUCACAUAAGUGGUCACAAGUUCUCUUACAACGCACGAGUCAUUCUGAAGUCAGACCACGUGUAACCGUCGAUGGUGUCAUGCGAUUGGCUGCUCAUUAACACUCACCCUGCCCAUGCCCGACCUGCUGUGUAUUUAGAUAGCGCCUUGCUUAACUCUCGGAGCUUUGACAGAACACCAACCGCAAGUAAGCACUAAACGGGAGGGACGUCCCACUGAGAUUGUUAUUGCUCUUACUGGACGCGAGGCUACUUUCCAGAUCGGACGCCUGUGAUCACGCAACGUUCUACCAAGAUGGCGGAUCUGAUGGAGAUGGAAUCACACGACAACAUGACCCUUGACAUGCUUGAGAUAGACGUGAACUACACUGACAACAGAGACCUUGUGACUCUCAACAAUGACAAGGCGUUCGUCCUGUUGCCCGUCGUUGUGUACGUCAUAGUCCUCAUGGUAUGCGGCUUAGUAGGAAACAGCUUCGUCUGCUACAUCUACAGAUGCAGGUUCCGAAGAAACACUUCUAAUUUCUUCAUAGUCUUCCUAGCAAUAAUGGACCUGUUUUGCUGUUGUGUUGGGAUGUCGUUCGAACUGUCAGACCUUUUGCUUCCAUACCUGUUCAAUGCUCCCGCAGCGUGCAAGAUAUUUAGGUUCAUUGAGACUUGGGCUUCGGGAGCGUCGGGGUUGGUGCUUGUUUGUGUUGCCCUAGACAGAUACUACAAACUGUGCAAACCAACAGAAAGAUUUUCUCUCAAGCGGGCAAAGAUAUUUUGCUGCGUCGCUAUCUUCAUCGCAUUAGUCAUGGCAGUGCCUUCGUUGAUAGUGUUUGGGAAAAGGUCAGUUGAAACUGAGGUUCCGGGAAUCAAUGGGACAGAGUGUUCCACGGACGACGAGAUGCUGGAUAGUCCUCUGAGGAUCGUGUUCUACGUCACUAUGUCGGUGACGUUCCUCGUCAGCCUUAUUUGUCUAAUAACACUUUACAGCUUAAUUGGCUUCAAUUUAUGGCAGAGGAAGCACAAAAAGAUGGGAGAAAAACUCAAACCAAAGGGAGACUACCCGCGAACUCAUCGAUUUGUCAACAGUGAUAGUUCAUCCUUCUCCAGUCUGUCAGACGAGACCAAAAAGACUCAGGGCUAUGUACAGAGCCACGUGGGCAUACAGAAGACAGACACUAUGCGGCAGGCCAAGGGGUACAAACCUAAUCAGGGCAUGGGACACAUAUCUCUCAAGACAACCCGUCUCACUGGCAUCUUUUUUGUUCUGUCAGUUUCGUUCGUAGUGAGUUUCCUCCCUUGGAUUUUAGCCAACGUUCUCAAAGUGACAAAAGCAGCCUUUAACCCCUUUUCUUCUGACGCUAUGGAAGUUCUGUAUAAUUUCCUUGUGAGAUCCCACUUUAUUAACAGCUCGGUUAACCCCAUCAUCUAUAGUAUACUUAAUAGUCAGUUCAGGAAAGAAUGUAAAGUCGUGUUUAAACGAAUGUUUAAAACUUGCAAACGGUGAGACAAGCAAUAGCCAAACAGUGGAGAAAGGACCAAUUUAAUUUUGACAUCAUUUUCAUGUGGCAUAUUUAUCGCAUAAGUUCACACUGUCCUGAAUAUCGUAUCACCUAGUGUGGAGGAACCAUUGAUAUGUCACAAGGUUAUAUGAACAAUGCAGUCACGCACCAUUUCACCAUUGUGAUCGGGAUAAAUACACAGUCCGCUAUACGUGUAUGGAGACUGUCGCCAUAUACACUUGGGAGACUAAGAUUAACGACAUCUUUUUGAAGCGUCGGGCUGAAGUCCAUUGUGCAACUGUAUCUCGUGGCCGUCAGACUCGAGGCCUGUAUGGUUACCUCCCCUUGUCACAACUAUAUCAAUCGGAACACAUCGGGUGUUUAUGUCAUCCCUUGUUGCAAAUAUAUCAAUCAGAACACACCGGGUGUUUACUUCAUCCUUUGUCACAAAAUAUAGCCAUCGAAAGACAUCGGGUGUUUACGUCAUCCGUGUUAUCCGGAAAUCAUUAUAUUGAGAAACGUGUUCAGCCGGAGCGACAGAUAUAGACUGGUAAUUCAGUUAACAAUAGCUGUGGAACUUUCACAUGCAUUACGCUAAGGCAUACGUUUCUUUUCGUAUAAAGGAGACGGGUAAUGUAUUACCACUGGGGCCUUGACGUGUGAUACAUGUGUGCUAGUUUCAGUGAUCUAGCAAAUGGACACAUAAUCCCUGACAGCCAGUUCAGGACAUUUCAGUCGAUUGUAUAAAUCGAAACACGUUUGUAUCGCAAUAAUUAAAUCACCUGUUCGUUGGAUAGGUUUAACAAAGAGAGCUUGGGAGACCUAUCUUUAUACUUACUUUUACAUUUUAAAAUGAUGUGAAAUGGGAAAAUUUGGUAGAGCUUUUUUUCUACUGUCCCAGGUCGUUAUUGGGCUGAAAUAAUGCCGAUGCGACGUUUCUGUUUGCGGACUCUGUUAGAAAAGCUUUUUAAAUUUAUGGGAAGAUUCCAUAUUCUGGUAUAAUAUAGUCAUUUGUCUCCUAUUACAAAUUGAUGAUAGUUUAAUAGUUUCGACCUUCAAAAAAUUAAUUAGUUUCGGUCGGCCGUGAAAUAAUAUUUAUUUUGAAGUUAUCCCUAGAAGACUCAUCUUGCAUACUUGUAUCCACCUUUAUCAGAAUCGUUGAUUUGGUCUCUUGCUUGUCACGAUAACAUAGAUUGGCUCUAUCCUUCUUUAUAAACCAUCACUGUCGCAUAAAUUUGUUGCUCACCUGGUCCCAGGGUUCUGGUGAGGUUAUGUCAUGGCAAGGUACACGUCGAUAUGUUGCAUGGAUGAGCCCUAAAACAUGGUUGUUGUUUUUUAAAGUGGCCACCAUAUUGAAAAUACCAUAGUGGUCUUCGUGGUAAUUCCAUGCCCUAGUGUAAACGUGGAUAUACAGUGUUAAUGUCAGUUGAUACUUACUCCAGAACCAUUCAGUACCGUUAGUAAUCCAGUCUCAACGAUUCAGGUGAGCUACAUAACCUUUGACCUUGAUUUGUCAGGUUAAGAUAGUUAACUAUUCACUGAAUAUUCGAACCAUACAUUAGUAAUGUUUCAUAUGGAAGCAUUCCAGGGAGCUACAAACAUCUUACUGAGUGGGACGAUAACAGUGUAUACUCGCUAAUUCCAACUGAAUAACAGAAGGUGAUAUCUGGAGACGUCACUAGAACCUCGAGGGGCGGGUUGAAUUGGGGAGUUGGGGGACGCCGUGAUGGAUGGAGCUGUCUAUAUAUUCAGUGUAGGUGGCGACAUAUUAAUUACUUCUUUGGGAUAGUCUGCCUAACAAAAGUAUGAAGAAUUAUUUUCAAGAACUAAAGUUUACUUUUUACCUUCGUAUCAAAUAGGACGUUUGUUGGCCUGGAACUAAGUAUAAUCGCACCAACAGAAGGCACCCUGGUUUCACGGGACACCGGGUGGUCGCAUGACGUUCCUGUUUCUUAUGACGACCAUGUACAUUCUCGACAUUUUGUGUAGGCAUGGUAAAAUUGAAAGUAAUGAAUAAAUAUGUAUAGGACCCACCAUUCGGGACCGCACAUUAAUUCAAGGUAUUCACCCAUGUGUGCACAAAAUGGAUGACCAUGCCCUAUUAGGUACUAUGUAUCGUGGAAAAUCUCAUUGUUAUGAUAUAUAUUGUAAGCGUACAAUGACUGUCCUGUUUCCUGAUCUUGCGCAUCAUUGCGUUGGAUUUUCGUGGGCUCGUUGUAUUCUCCACAACAACCCUAUUGUUUUAAAUAACCGGCCUCGAGCGCGGCUGAAACAAGGGAGAUAACUGUAGCACCUGAAAAUGUACGAGAACCUCUGUGAUAAGUCUGAAGGAAUUGUCAUCACAAUAUCGGAUGAGAAUUUGUAUUUUUUAUCGGUUUAUGUCGUGUUUUUUAACGACUGAAAUAAAGUGUUCAAAGAGAAA